UGCAGUACUUAGCCGAAAUUAUAGUCUCCUGGUCCAGUCGAUGGUCUCCUCAACCUCAAUAGUGGAGAAAACUGCCCUUAGGCACAUCCUCUCGCAUUAGGAGCCGACUAGCAUGAAUGAGGCAGGAUGAUAGUGCAGUCCGACAAUGGUAUCUUUUGAUGCAGGGGCGCUUCAACUCUAGCGUUGCCUACCUCCACCCAAUUCACACGUCGAGUUCUUUUAAGUCUUUUUCGUCCCUGUGGCAUGGGCUGUGUUGUGUGAGAUUUUCCACGCUGACGGGUGUCUCCCUGAUGUCAGGGUCCGCCUUGGCCAGUAUCCCACAUAUCGAGAUCAAGGGCUCCAAGUUUUUCUACUCCAAUAACGGAACUGAAUUUUACAUCCGAGGUGUGGCCUAUCAGGAGGAUUACACUGGUGGCGGAGCUGGUGGAAAUGGUCAAUCCAGCAACCGCUACGUCGACCCUUUGGCGGAUGCGUCCAAAUGCGAGCGUGAUAUCCCCUAUCUUCAGCAACUGCGGACGAACGUCAUCCGGACCUACGCAGUCGACCCGGGCCAGAAUCAUGACGACUGCAUGCAAAAGCUGACCGACGCAGGCAUCUAUGUCAUCACCGAUCUAGCGUCCCCCGAUGAGUCUAUCACGUCCGAUUCCCCCGAGUGGACAGUCGACCAGUACACUCGCUACACUAGUGUCAUUGAUGCAUUCCACCAGUAUGACAAUGUCAUUGGUUUCUUCGCCGGAAACGAGGUAGUCAACAGGGCAAACGAGUCCACUGGCGCUGCCUUCGUCAAAGCUGCUGCAAGAGAUAUGAAAGCCUAUAUCAAGGACCAGGGGUACCGGGAAUCUCUCGGUAUCGGAUAUGCGACCACCGACAAUCCAGACAUUCGUGUGCCGAUCUCUGAUUACCUCAACUGCGGCGACAAGUCUGAGUCCGUCGAUUUCUUCGGCUACAAUAUCUAUGAGUGGUGCGGUGAUAAAACCUUCCAAACCUCGGGAUAUGAAAACCGAACGAAUGAAUACAAAGACUAUUCCAUUCCCAUCUUCUUCUCUGAAUAUGGAUGCAACGAUGAGAAGCCCCGCAAGUUCAGCGAUGUUCCUGUGCUCUUCGGUCCCCAGAUGGAGGAUGUCUGGAGCGGCGGUAUCGUCUACAUGUACUUCGAAACGGAAAACGACUACGGUUUAGUCUCAGUCGAUGGCAAGUCUAUCAAGACUGAAGCAGACUUCGGAUCCUACUCCAAGCAAAUCCAGUCUGCCACACCCACCGGCAUCAACAGCGCCAGCUACUCCCCCACCAACUCCCCCCGCGCCUGUCCCACCGUCGAUGACAUGUGGCUCGCCAAGUCGAGCCCCCUUCCCCCAUCUCCAAACAAGGACCUCUGCUCUUGUAUGGUGUCCAGCUUGUCUUGCGUGGUCAGUGACUCCGUCAAGGCAGAACAAUACGGCGAGCUUUUCGGUCAAGUCUGCGGGUAUGGCCAGGGUAUCUGUGACGGCAUCUCUCACAACGCUACGACUGGUGGCUAUGGUUCCUACAGCGUCUGUUCGAGCAAGGACCAGUUGUCCUUCGUCCUUGAUCAGUAUUAUAAAGACCAGGGUAAGCGCAAGUCCGCCUGUGAUUUCGACGGUGCAGCGUCGAUUCAGUCUGCCAAGGAUCUGUCUGGCACCUGCAAGUCUUUGGUCAGCCAGGCGGGGUCUGCGGGCACAGGCAAGGUGACUUCUCGUCCUACCGGUGAUGGCAGCGCAGCUAGUACCUCUACUUCUGAGGGCGCAGCUGCCGGUGUUGUGAGCCCUGUUGCUGUUCGGGUGAGUGGUUGGUUCGGUGUGGCGUACUUUGUUGCGGCGGCGGCGGCUGGUUUCCUGAUGGUCUCUCUGUAGACUCAGUGUAUUUGAACAUAUCUUGUGUAUGGUAUAGGGUAUAUAGCUUUAAGGUGAAGGACAAUUGUUGGCUUCACCUUGCUGCGAAACGGACUUUCUCUAUUUGGUAUAGUUUUCUUUGUUAUAUAGCACAUUCUUCUUGCAAGCGGUGUGUGCUAUAGCCCCCUGUAACUCGAAGGGAUCACAACUCGAACACCACAGAAGGCAGUCAUCAUAGCCUGGUCUACAUAGGAGAGCGAUAUACCGUAAAUACUGCUCGGGUCACCUGCGAUCACAUCUACCUUUCUUCAGAUCAUACGGAUCUACCAGAAUUGCCAAGCGUCAGGUCCUUGUACAUCCCUGUCUUCGAACGGUAUCUGUACCCCUCAGUGAUCAGUUGGAUUAUCUCUUCAUUAC